AUGAGCGGCAACAGGAUCCUUCGCGUGGGAAUAAUUGGAUGUGGCGAAAUCACCCAAGUUGCCCAUAUUCCAACUCUCGGGUUCCUCUCAGAUUACUUCCAAGUCACGUACCUCUGUGACGUCUCCGACAAUGCACUCGAGCACUGUUCCAAAAAGGUCAUCGGGGGCACCCCCAAGACAACCUGCAAGGCAGAGGAGCUCUGCGCCUCUCCGGACGUGGACAUCGUCAUGAUAGCCAACAGCGAUGCCUUCCACAUUCCGCACGCGCUACUGGGCCUGAAACAUGACAAAGUCGUCUUCAUCGAGAAACCCAUGGCUCUGUCUCUGCAAGACGCGGACCAGCUCAUUGAGCUCGAGAAGCAAACAUCUGGAAAGGUGAUGGUGGGAUAUAUGCGACGGUAUGCAAGUGGGUUCAUCGACGCCGUCAAGGAAAUAGGAAGCUUUGAUCAAGUGUGCUAUGCGCGGGUGCGAGAUAUCGUCGGCCCCAACUCGGACUUUGUGGGUCAGUCCGGCACGUUUCCAAAGGUUUUCUCUGAUUAUAGAGCGGAGGAUUCGAAGGAAUUGUCUAGCAAGACGAAUGAGUUCCUUGAACAGGCUUUGACGAGGGAAUUGGGGAUUCCGGUUACGUCUGAUACUGCUGCUCAGUGGCGGAAUCUGGGAAGUCUUGGGUCGCAUGAUCUUAGUGCGAUGAGAGAGACUCUUGGUAUGCCGACGGCUGUGCUUGGUGCUUCUUUAUGCUCUGCGAGCGGGCCGCCGUUCUGGAGUGCCCUCUUCCAAUAUCCUUCUUUUGCUGUCUCUUAUGAGUCUGGGAUUGAUAAUGUCCCCCGUUUCGACGCAUCGAUUGAGGUCUUUGGUGAGAAGAAGACCGUCAAGAUCUGUUUUGACUCGCCUUACGUUAAGGGCUUGCCUACCACUAUGCACGUUCGUGAGAAGUUGGAAGAUGGCUCCUUCCGGGAGUCUGUGGUUCGGAAGACUUACGAGGAUGCUUAUACUUUGGAAAUGAAGGAGCUUUAUGCAUUUGUUGUUGAGGGUAAGCCUGCUAAAACCACCUCAGAGGAUGCUAGGAAGGACCUCGAGAUCUUCGGUAUGAUUAUGAAGGCAGGUUUGGAAGGACAAGCUAGACUUAACAAGGCUGUUCGGAACUAG